AUGGCACAGCGACGAAGCCAUUCUCAAGCAAAUCAAUUGAACAAUCGAAUGAACCAUCAAUACAAAAAUAUGCGCCCCAACCAACGAGCAUCGUUCCGACAGCAGGAAAGCUUCAGGCAACUGAAUGAGUUGCUUUUACAGCCUCGGACCCCUCGAAGUGAUGCCUACAGCCACCCAUUAGAAGCCAACAGUCCUUAUGGACCUCCGUUUCCUGGAUCAUCAACACCGAGAAAUCUUCCUACCCAGCCAAAUCUUCAAAACGAUUGGCUUUUUAUGCAUCCAACCCACCCUGUUUAUCCUUCAAUUGAUUUUUUAUUCUCUGAAAGCCAAGCAAACCCCUUAGGCCCUGAAUCUCAGUCCUCUCCUCCUUCUCGCGCCAUUUCCUCGUCAAAUUAUCUUUAUGAUAAUUUUUGCCACAGUUUUUCACCAUCGCAAGUGACCGAGCUCGUGAAGCCACUAGUAUUCACCAACGCCAACCUGACCAACCUAACUCAAACCCCUUGCUAG